AUGGGCUCUGGCAAGGAGCGCCUGCUCACCACCUGCGUCACUGACCAGCAGUCCUGCCACUUGAUUGUCCUGCCGGCCCAGCCGCCCAUCCACUCUUCCAGCAGGGCCAUUGAGGUGGGAAAUCCCUGGGGAUUUGGGAAGGGUACCACAGAGCCCCAGGAGAGGCCGCUGCCGCCGCAGGUGGUAGAUGGCUGGUGGGCCUUUUCUGUGCGCCGGCGCCUUGCCACGCAGCUCCAGGAGACGGGCCAUGCUGAGCCCCAGCAGGUGGAGGCGCUGGUGGCUGAGCUGGUGGCUGUCUUUGCCACGGUGCUGCAGAAGAGCAGCCGCAGGGCCUGGCUGCACCUGAUGGAGGUGCUCCGGCUGCUGGCCCCCUUCCGCCAGCUCCUGGCCGGCCGGGUGGACCUCCUGCCCUACCUGGAGGGCCUCUACUAUCAGUAUCGGAGCAGCCAGGCCUUGGUCUCUGACCUGGAUGUCCUGGGAGCCAUGGGGCGGGCCUUCCCCCAGGACCGCUCUGUGCUGCAGGCUCUUCCACAGGCCGCUUGCCCCCGAGAGCCUAUGCCCCUGGGCAAGUGGCUGCCCUCAGGCCCCGAGCCGGUCUUUGCCGGCCUGCCCUGCCCUUUUGCUUCUGACUGGCGACUGGAAGGCGCCUCUGGCUUGGAGCCCCCGGCCCCCGUGUCUCUCCAGGAGCUGCAGAGGUCCUUGGGGGCGGUCGGCAGUGCAGUCUGCAUGGAGGAGGCCCCCUGGGCCAGCUGCCUGGGCCUCAUGGCCCUGUCCUUGGCCACAGACGUGCCAGUGGAAUACUCACCCUGUGCGGAGCCUUCUUCAGAGCAGUGCCCAGCAGCCCCCCUGGCCGUGCCCGUCCCUGUGCGUGGGAAGAAGGGGGCAUGGGGCAAGGGGCACCCCAUGACCGGUCUGCAGGCAGUGGAGGCCUUUGUCGAGAACCGACAUGCGGGGCGGAUGCACUUCUUGUAUCUGAAUGUUGCCCCCAACCGGCAUUUCAGGCCCUACGACCUCCUGGUGGUUCCCAAGAGGCUGGCCGACCCCGAGCACUACAUCUUCUCUCCCUUUGGCGUGCUGCACGUCCACCCCGAGGAGGGCUCGGAGGCCCUGACGCUGGGCGCCUGGCACCGCGAGGCUAUGCUGUGGCAGCUCCUGCAGCACGUCCCCUUCUUCCGCCUCUUCCUGGUCCGCAAAGCCUUUGUCCGCUGGUGCUGCAGCACGAAACACCUUCACCUCCUGAAGCAGCGGCAGAUGCUGAGCUGCCAGUUGCUGCAGGCGGUGCCUCACUUUGCAGCAGCGUUGCUUCAUAUUUCCAGGCUCUUGCAAGAGCUGCGGGCUGUCCACUGGCUGCCCCACACCACCAACAGGUGCUACAGCUUUGUGGAGCUCCAACAGAGCCUGGCCCAGGAGAACAGCUGUGCCCAAGACCUGCUCCACAGGUUCCUCACCCUCUGCUCCUCCAUCCUCGAGCUGGUGCGGGAGGACACGUACAAGAUGGUGCACAGGCUGCAGACUCAGGUGCAGGGCCAAAAGCUGUAUGUCACCAAGGAGUCCUUGUACCAGCAGCGGAUGGAGGCCGAGCGGCUGCGGCAGCGCCUCCGGGAGGCCGAGUCAUGGCUGCAGCAACUGGGCUUCCUGGCCCUCCUGGUGAACUUCCUCAUCUGCCAGAACCUGGUCUCCAUCGUGCAGGAAGAGGCCUCCACCUUCGUCAGCCGCACCAUGCAGGUGGAUGGCACCAGGAGGAAGGCUGUCCUCCGGGUGGAGGUGGUGUUUGGCCCAGAGGAGCAGCUGGCGCUCUUUCCCUCCCCGCCGGAGCUGGAGUCCUGCUUGGUCGGGGCCCUGGACACCAUGGUGGAGUCUGUUCUGCUGGUGACGCGGAUCAACAGUGAGACUCCCCGCACUCCCGCAAUGCAGCUGCCUCUGGCUGUGUCUGCAAGUGAGGAAGAUGGUGAGCAAUGCUGGGGGGGGGGCAGAGGGGCACCCCUCCCUCUGUGGCGGUCCCCCCCUCCCUGCCAUUCUCUUGCCUGCGCUUUGGACCUUCCUUCUCUCGCAGCUGUCCAGAGGUUGCCAGUGGAGCCGCUGUCCGGGGAGGAGCCGCAGCUGGUGCACCACCUGGACCUGAAGGUGGUGGGAGGGCUGGAGGUGGUUGGCCACCGGCUGCGUGGGCAGUACCCCUUGCUGUCCCGGGAGCAGCUGGAGAAGGAUCUGCGCUCAGACAGCAUCAUCCAGAACGCCUGGGGCAAGCAGCAGGCCCAGCUGGAGGCCGCACUGUCAGAGACACAGCACCUGUGCCACGAGUACUCCUGGCUGGCCGAGAUCUACCGCUUUGUCCACAGCUGGGGGGCUGGGCAGCUGGAAGACAUGAAGGGCUGGCCGUCCGAGGAGUACGUGAACCGGAUUACCAAGCUGCGCACGUGGAGGAGCCGUGUCACGCAAGUGCCCCGGUCUGUUGUCACGUCCAACUGCCUCCUCUUUGUGGACUGCGCUGGCAUUCACCAGAACCUCUUGCCCCUCCUGGCCUCCAUCAGCGAGGACAUCCUCUCCCUCUUGCUGAGGGAGACCACGCAGCGCAGCGAGCUUUUGAUCGCGGAGAUGUCAGCCGUUCUGCAGCUCUACCUGAAUGUCAGCAGUGACAUCUUCACCAUUGCCAAGUGCUCCCAGAAGCUAGAGCAGUACCAAGGACAGCUGCUGGAGCUGCAGGAGUCCGUGGACUACGUGCGGGGCCUCAAUGAGGUCAUCCAGCAGUGCUUCCGCCCACUCAGCUCCAGCGAAGAGAGCCUGGAAAACUCGCUCCUGGACACCUGGGACGCCUUUGUGUACCAGCAGCGAGAGGUCUCUGACUUCAUUGUCUCCCGGCGCCUGAGCAUCAUUGCAGAGCUCAGCAGCUCCCUCCAAAAGGCCACGCGGGAACUCCAGGAGAUGCUGGCCACGGUCACAGUGGGCCGUUUCCGGGACCCCGUCCAAAACCCUCGCACCAUGGAAGAGGAGCUGUGCAGUCUCCUCCAACACUUCCAGGCUACGGUGGUGCGUGUGGCUGAACUCUGCCGUUCCCAGCGGAUCCUGACAGGGGAAUGCAUGGAUGUCUCCUUUGUCACUGGGAACCAGGGGAUCCUUGACGUCCACCUGCGCAUCUGGCAGCUCUUCCGCAUUGUGUCUGAGCAGAUCACAGAAUGGAAGUGCCUGGCUUUCUUCAAGUUCAACGCCACUUUGGCCAUGGAGAGGACGGACGAGUGGCUCACGGAGGCCUUCCACAUCGAGGACAGCCUGCCGGCCAGCCACCCCGUCAUCCAGGCAUGCAUGCGGGCCAUCAAGAACCUGCAGAAGUACCUUCCCUUGCUACGGAAGCUGGGCAGCCAUUUCGUCAAGGUCAGCUGCUGGAAGGAGAUCUUUGCUGCCAUGGGUGCCAAAUGCCCUGUGAACAUGCAGUUCACGCUGGGGCAGCUCCUCGCACACCCCCUGCUGGAGCACAGCGAGAACAUCUUGCGGAUCUAUGCCUGUGAGAAGGGCCGCUAUCGCUCCAGGGACACCCUGAAUCGCCUGCAGCGGUUCUGGUCUGAGAAGCAAUUCCGCCUCGUCAACUUUAUCCUUAACGUGCCCUACCAGCCACAGGCUGAACGCUUCCGCCGGCUGGCCAGCAGCCGCCAACGCCCAGCCAAGCGGGAAUACAUCUCCAAGGACAGUGGCACCUUCAUACUGUCUGACACUGCGGAGUUGAAGGCCACUGUGGAGCAGAGUCUCUUGACCCUUCAGAACAUGAUUGUGUCCCCCUACUCCUCCGAGCUCCGGGAGGAAGCUGUGAGCUGGACUUCCAUACUGCGUUCCUUUGAAUCCCUCCUGGAGGCCUGGGUGGGUUUCCAGCAGAAAUGGGUCUUCUUGAACAUCGUGCUCUAUGAGAUGGACAUCAGCCUGCCCAGCUUAGAGCUGGAGUCUCGCUUCCAGCAGGUGGACGCCCACUUCCGGGAGCUGAUGCAGGUGACCUGCCAGGACCCCCUGGUGCUGUCCAGCGUGCGGCCGGCCCUGGGCUCCAGCCGGGAGAGUGGCUUUGUGGGGGGGUCCUUGCAGGCGGCGCUGACGGAGGCCUCCGGGGAGCUGCAGAGCAUCAUGCGGGCCCUGGACUACGUGCUGGAGGCCACCCGCAUGGGCUUCCCCCGCCUCUUCUUCCUCAGCAACGAAGAGCUGGUGGCCAUGGUGGCCACGGCUGCCGAGCCCGCGGAUGCUUCCGCCUGGUCCCAGCGCUGCUUCCCGGGAGUGCGGCAGCUUCAGCUGCGGUUGCCGUCUACGGUGCAGACCGUCAGCGCCUUCUCCGCCCAGGCACAGGAGAUGCAGGUGACGGGGCUGGUGGGGGACCAUGGAGAGAAGCUGAAGCUGUGUGCCGCGGUGCCCCUCAGCCAGAAGGCCACCCAGUGGCUCUGCACGCUGGAGCAACGCAUGAAGGAGACCCUCUUCCACAAGCUGCAGGACUGCUUGGCCCAGCGGCUGGCCCUGCGGCCGGAGCUGGACGUGGCCUUCGAGCAGCCCCCCGGGCCCACGGAGCUGCCCCUUCACCUGCUGGCGGAGCACUGGGCCAGCCUGGGGGCCAACUUCCCCGUCCAGUGCGUCCUGCUGGCCGAGGAGGCCUUGUGGCGCUCCGACAUGGAGGAGGCCCUGGCGGAGUCCGGCAGCUGGUCGGGCUUGGAGCGCAAGCUGAACCUUAAGGUGGAGGCGCUGACCCACUACAUCCGCAACUACCGCAGCGUCCACUCCUGGCAGCCCGAGAGCGACUUCCUGGGGGUCCUGCUGGGGGGGCUCCUCAUCAUCACGGUGCAGCAGCGCGACGUGCUCUCCCAGCUGCGGGGGCAGAAGGUGAGUUCCCCGCAGGCCUUUGAGUGGGCCCGGCGCUUCAAGUACCGCGUGGCCAUGAAGGCCGAGAAAGCCAAGGCUGCCCGCCUGUCUCCGGAGCGGUGGGUGGGCAACCCCCCCGGCUGCUGGGCAGAGGUCCUGGACAGCUGCUUCCCUUACGACUACGAGUACCUGGGGCCCAGCGUGCGCUUCCUGGGCAGCCCCAACCUGGACAGGACCUUCCUGGGCCUGCUGCUGGCCCUGGAGGACUUCUACUGCGGGGGGCUGCUGGGCCACCAGGGGGCAGGCAAGUCCUACACCGUGCAGGGCCUGGCGCAGGCCCUCGGCCGCCAGCUGGUCACCCUGCAGUGCUCGGCCCAAGUGUCCAUCAGCUGCCUUAACCACUACCUCUGCGGGGCCGUGCACGCCGGGGCCCUGCUGCUGCUGGAGUCGGCCGAGCGGCUGGAGCCGGCCGUGCUCUCUGCCUUCAGCCAGCGCCUGGCCGACCUCCGCCAGCUGUGCUUGGGCGUGAAGGAGGGGAGGGGGAGCGCCGCAGGCCCCUCUUCCGCCAGCCAGGCCUCCGCGGACUCUGACGGCAGCAGUGACAGCGAGGGGCAGCCCAUGGCUGCGGUGCCGGAGCUGGGGAUGGACGAGGCCGAGCCGUUCCAUCCCCGGGUGGUGGGCAACAUCCUCUUUGGGGGGCGGCUGCUGCGGGUGCGGGAAACGUACGGCUGCGUGGCCACCCUGGAGCGCCUCCCGGAGCCCCUGCGCCUGGCCCUGCGCCCCCUGGUCGUCCUGCCCCCGGACCUGGCCAAGCUCGCGGAGGUGAGUCUUCUGGCCGCGGGCUUCCGGGAGGCCUCCCGCCUGGCGGGGAAGCUGAGCGCCUUCCUGAGCCUGGAGGCGGCGCUGGGCCCGGGCUCCCCGGCCAGCCGCGCGGCCCUCAUCCGGGAGGUGGUGAGCAGGGCCAUCAACAUCCUCUUCAGCCCGGGCCCUCGGCAGGACCUGCUCCUCGCCAAGGCCCGGCCCUCCCCUCGCACCACCUUCUUCCUGGGGCUGGAGGAGGAGCCCGCCAUCAUCAAGGCCGUGUGCCUCUCCACCCUGUUCAGCGGCCCCGAGUGCCCGCGCCUGCACCACACGUGGGACUUGCUGCGGGGCAUCUUCCCCACGGCCGCCCUGCAGCUGCCGGAGCUCCCGGCCUUCCCGCGGCUCCACAACGUCCUGGUCGCCCAGCUCCACGAGAACAAGCUGCACCCGGAGCCCCACUUCCUCAGCACCGCUCUCCAGCUCUUCCAGGCCCUGCGGAGCACCUCCAGCGUCCUCCUGCUGGGGCCCCCGGGCAGCGGCAAGACCACCACCUGGCAAAUGCUGGCCAAGGCGCUGAGCAGGCUGGCGGCCAACGAGGCCGCCGCCGUGGUGCGCAAGGUCAGCGGGUCUGCAGCCCCCAUCGCCUUCGUGCCGGUCCACGCCGUCUGUGUCUGGCCCAACAGCCUGAGCGUGGCGGAGUUCCUCGGCAGCCUGGAGGAGGGCGUGUGGCGAGACGGCGUCCUCUCCCGGCUCCUGCAGAGAACGGCCGCCUCCGCCCUGGCGGGGGGGGUGGGGGAGGAGAGCGCCCAGAAGUGGGUGGUGCUGGACGGCGCUGGCAGCGCAGAGUGGCUGGAGCCCAUCUCCUCCCUCUUCAGCCCCCGGCCCUCACUCAGCCUGUCCAGCGGGCAGAAGCUGCAGCCCCCCGAGAACAUCAAGGUCCUCUUUGAGAUGCCCGAUGCUUCCGGGAUGCUGCCCUCCAUCUGCACCCACUGUGCCGUCCUGCACUGCAGGGGCUCCAACCUCUGGCAGGGGGUGCUGGCCUCCGCUAUGGGCCCCCUCUACCGGCCCUACAGCCUGACCCAGCAGAGCCUGGCCAUGCUGCAGGAGCUGGCUGAAGACGUCUUCCCCCCGACGCUCGCCUUCCUGCAGCAGCACUGCUCCUCCAUCCUGGUCCCCCACGCCAGUCCACGCAGCCUGGUGGCACAGGGUGUCCAGGAGACUACGGUCUUCACCAGGAUACUCCGGGCCCUGCUGGAGCAGCACCUGCGCCGAGAGAAGGUCAGGAGCGUGCCUGCCCAGGAGCUGAAAGGUGAGCAGCCGCCGGGCUGGGGUGGCAGCCAGUCCCCCUCGGGAGCGAAGCUGGAUGGCUCUUCCUCGUUCACCAGCCGGCUAGACGAGGCCGUCCCUGCGCAUCACCACACGACGGCCAAGAGCUUCUUUGCCUUUGCCUACAUCUGGGGCUUUGGGGGCCACCUUCAUCCCAGGCACUGGCCGCUCUUCGAGCAGUUUGCCCGACAGACCCUCCUCAGCAGCCGCCACCCCAUAGAACUUCCCUCCGCGGCUUCUGCUUUUGACCUCUGCCCUCUGCCGGAGGAUGGCUCCCUGCAACCAUUGGAUGGGCGGUUCCUUUCCUGCCGCGUCAAGAACGUCCCUGCCGCCUUCUGUGUCCUGCCACAGUACGAGCGAGUGCUCUAUGUCCUGGACCUGCUCCUGGGGGCCAACCAGCCAGUCCUCCUCACUGGGGAGCCCGGCGGUGGGAAGACAUCCUUUGCGGAGAUGCUGGUGCAGCCCAACCACUCGUGCCAGCGGGUGUGCGUCUCCUUGGUGCUGAAGGCUGCUCACCUGCGCCGGCUGCUGCUGAAGAAGUCCCGCGAGAAGGGCCCUUCGCCCCUCAGCAAGCCUGCCUGGGCCCUGGCCCUGAAGGGGCGCUGCCUCUUCUUGGUGGAGGACCUCCACUUGUCCCCCCUGGAUCCAGGGCGAGGGACAAGCCCCAUGGUGGAGACUCUGCGCCAGGCCCUGGCACACCAGCAGUUCUAUCAUCCCGACACGCUGGAGCUGCAGCACUGCCCAGCCGUGGGCUUCAACUGCUUUGGCACGCUUUCCGUCCCGGUGCUGGGGGCGAUGCCGCUGUGCCCCCGCUUUGGCCGGCUCUUCAGCACUGUGGUGCUGCCUCCUCUGACCAGAGAAGCCCUGCUCAGCAUGCACACGCCCGCCACCUUGGCCUGGCUGGAGAAAUUCCCACUGCUGACCCGGCACAACGACUUGGCUGCCGCCCUGGUGAAGGCCAGCCUGGACGCCUACGAGGCGGUGAAGAGCCAGUUCCCGCCCUCGCCGGCCUGCUGUCUCUUCCACUUCUCCCUGCACAGCCUCCGGCAGCUCUUCAAGGGGCUCUUCCUGCUGCGGCCCCGCCCAGGCAUCCACCUCAGCUGCCCCCUGGAGGAGCAGGGGGUCAAGAUGAUCUUCAGCAGGCGCAGCUCUGCAGGAUCCCGCAUGGCCAUCGGCCCCAGCUACACCGUGGUGCUCAUCGUCCGGCUGAUUGUGCGCCUCUGGCUGCACGAGGCCUUGCGCAUCUUUGGGGACCCGCUGCGGGGGGAGCACCUGCAGGCGGCCUGUGGGCAGCUGCUCUUGGAGAUCGCCAUGGCCCACUUCUGCACCAGGCGCCCUUUCCUGCGCAUCAUCCCCUCCCUGGGCGCCCUGAGUGCUGCUGAGCACCCCCCCAGCCACAGCCACGUCUCCUUCUACCCCUCCAGCCUCUCCAGGUCCUGCGCCACCUGGGCCCUGGGGUCAGAGGAGGAGGGGGAGGAGGAGGGGCUGGAGCCGGAGGACAGGGACUUCCUCCCUGACCCACAGGCCCUUCUGGACUUCCCUGGCAGCAGCGUGGAAGCGGAGCAGCCUGACCCCUGGGACCCCGUGCUGCAAGCCCCGCCCCUGGCCCUGGAGCCUGCCCAGUGGGGGGGCGGGGGAGGCACUGCCCUGGGGGAGCUGGAGAGGGAAGGCCCCAAGGCAGAGCCCGAGAAGGAGGAGGAGGAGGAGGGGGAGGGGGGCAGGAAGGUCGAGAGAGUCCCGUCAGGGCCGACCCCUGACCGACGCCAACCACAGCACGAGCACCACCCGCCCUUGCGCCACGCCAGGGCCAAGCGCCGCCCAUCCUCCAAGAAGGAGAGUUCUGGCCCGCUUCUGCCCGCCCACUUGCUCUUGUCGCCAGGCGAGUUGCCGGGAGACAUCGUCUUCAGCAAGGAGCUGGACCUGGAACGCCGCAGCCCCGGUGCCCACAACCCGUACCAGGAGAGGCUCUGGAGGGCUCUGGAGAGCCAGCUGGCCCCCUCGCUGCCCCCCCACUUCCUGCUCUCCUCCGCAGUGCUGAGGCACGUGGUGCACCUGAGCCGCCUGCUGUGUGGCGUGGAGCAGCACGGGGCCUUGGUGGCCUUCCGGAGGAACACGGGGAGACAGACCCUCGUGGCCCUGGCCGCCCAGGCCACCGCCUCCGUGCUGAUGGAGCUGCCUGCGGAGGCCAGCGAGGGGCAGGUGCUGGCGCUGCUGCGACUGGCCAGCUGGAAGGCGGGGGUCCAGGGCCAGCGGGUGCUGCUGCUGGUGCCCCCCGCCUUGGGCCUGGGCCCCCUGCACCUGGUGCUGGCCCUCAUGGCCGAGGGGACCUGCCCGGGACUCUACGAAGCCGAAGACACUGCACCCAUCGUCCAGGCCCUGCUGCAGGAGCAGCAGGCCCUCAAGCGCACCAUGCGGGAAGAUCUCGUCCUGCAGAGGUUCUUCCAGUCUGUGCGCCACAAUCUUCAUGUGGUCCUGCUCCUGGGGGCUCCCAGCCGGCAGGGCUCGAGCAGCCUGGGGCUGCCCCCCCUCACCAGCACGGUCCUCUCCCACUUGCUGGGCAGCCUGAAGGUCUGCCAGGCCUGGAGCCUCAAGGCCCUGCGGGAAGUGGCCUCCAAGCACCUCCAGAGCAGGCUGGGCCAGGCCUCCUGGAUCUCCCCCGCGGCCAGCUCCCUGCAAGCCCAUCAGAACCUGGUGCUGUGCGUUGCCAAGGUUGCAGCCCUGAUCCACAGUUCAGCCGCCACCUACAGCACCUACCUGGAUCCUCACCUGCCUCUCGUCACGCCAAGGAGCUUCCUGGACCUUCUCAACAUCUUUGUGUGGCUCCUCUUUCACUUGAAGGAGAAGACCGGCAAGCGCUUAGACCAGAUGAGGCUGGCUCUGCACAAGAUGGGGGAAGUCAGUGAGAAGCAGCAAGCCCACUCCCGGGACGUGCACGCCCUCCAGGAGAAGCUGAACAGGAUCAAGCAGCAAAUGUUGGAGAGCCAGCAGGAGGUGGAGCAGCAGCAGUUAGUGCUGCAGCAGCAGGAGAAGGAAUGCCAGCAGUACGAGGAGCGCAUCGAUGCCCUCACCAAGGAGCGGGACGAGCUGGAGAAGGCCAAGGAACUGGCCAUGAAGAAGAUGAGCAAAGACUACCGAGAAGCCCUGGCGGGGCUGCGGGCGCAGGACGUGGAGGAGCUGCGGAGCUACCGCCAGCCCCCCGAGCAAGUGGUCUGGGUGACGGACAUCCUCUGCAAGUUGUUUGGGGAGAAGCCAGGCUGGGAGGCCGCCAAGGAGAUGCUCAGCAGGGAGGACUUCUACCAAGAGCUGGUCUUCUACCCCAAGGACACCAUCUCGACAGACCUCUUCCAGGCGCUGGGCAUGGCGGUGGCCCAGAGUCCCCUCCGCGUGCCCUCCAUCAGGAGAGCCAGCCACGCAGCGAUGUCCCUCUGGCAGUGGAUCUGUGCCAUCUACUUCUACCACCGGGCCCUGCGCAGCUGGCAGCCGUCCCUGGAGAGGCUGGAGCGCUGCGACGCGCAGAUCAACUCAGAGAAAAUGCAGCUGGGCCACAGCCGCCUGCGCUCGGAGCACCUGCGGGAUGCCACCCAGGCCCGGAUCAAGGAGCUGAAGGAGACCCAACGGCACCAGCAGCGGCUGCUCCACCAGCUGACCCAGUCCCUGCAGGCCAGAGAGGAGGCCUCUACCGUGGAGAACUCCGUGGCAGAGCAUUUGGCCAACUGGACGGUGGCCACGCAGGUCCUGGAGCAUCAGCAGAGCACGGUGUUUGGGGACUCCUUGCUCUGCGCAGCCACCGUCACCUACUUGGGCCCGUUCCCCCCUGCGAGGCGGGCAGAGCUGCUCAGGAAGUGGCAGGCCUUGUGUGCCGGGUCUCGGGUCUCCCUGGGGCCAGACGAUGUCAGCCAGCUGCUGCAGCAGGAGCUCCCCUGCCCUGGCUCCGCCUCCUGUGGCCCGCCUCUGCUGCCCGUGCAGCAGCCCUUCCGCCCGGCCUCUCUGCUCAGCUCAGCCAGAGAACAGCGCUGCUGGGAUCGCACCCGCAAGCCCGAGGACCCCGAGAGCCGCCUGGCUGCCCUGCUGCUGUACUCCGAGGCCCAUCGGCAGGGGCACCGCUGGCUUCUGCUGGUGGACCCCGAUAAGCAGGCCACCAUCUGGUUGCUGAUGGCCUCCACUCUGGGAGACGAGGACUCCCAGACCUUGCUCAGUCCUGAGCUGGUGCCGGACAUGGGGGAGCAAGGAGACUUCGAGGAAUUGCCCGAGGACAAUGUGGAGGUGCUGUCGCUGACCGACCCUGACCUGGAGCAGAACCUCCUGACUGCAGCCCGUGUGGGCACCCCUGUGCUGCUGGUGGACUUUGAGAAGAACAUCCCCUGGAGCCCAGUGCUCCAGCAACUGAUGCAGAAGGAGACGCUGCAGGAGGCCUCCCAGGAGAUGUCCGUGGCACCCUCCUUCGAGCUCUACCUGUGCACCAAACUACCUCUGGAGGCCUUGGCUGCAGAGAUGGACCCACGGGUGCUGAAGAGCCUGAACGUGAUCGACCUGAGCCUGGGCCCGGCGGCCCUGGAGGAGCUGCUGCUGGGGGAGGUGCUGUGUCUUGAGCGCCGAGAGAUCCUGAAGCACCGCCAGGCCCUGCAGCUGGGAGUCGUGCAGCUGGAGGCCAAGCUGGAGGCCACGGAGGAGGAGCUGGUGGAGCUGAUCUCGCAGCCGCAGCGCUCCCUGCUGGAGGAGGAGAACUUCAUGCCGAUGGUGCAGCUGCUGCAGACGCAGAUCCAAGCCCUGCGGGCCACCCACCAGCACAUGGUCUCCCUCUACCAGGACCAGGCUGCCCUGUGCAACAAGUACCGGCCUGUAGCCCACCUGGGGCUGGUGCUUCGCCAGGCACUCCUGCAGGUGGGCCGCCUCCACCCGCUCUACCACUUCCCCUUCGAGGACUGCAUCCGCAGCAUGCGCCAGGCUCUGCUCUCCACCAAGCGCCCCGACCUCAACAAGCAGGAGACUCUGGAGGCCCACCUGCUGGAGCUCAGCCGGGCGGUGCUGCGCCACCAGCUCAUGGAGGCCCUGCCCAGCCUGCGGGUGAUGGACCGCCUUGUCUACCUCUUCCUUGGGGCCCUGGCCAGCCUGCAGGCGGCCGGCGACAUCAGCCCUCUCGAGCACCUGGCCUUCUUCCAGGGCUUCCGCGAGCCCAUGGCCAAGGAGCUCCUGCAGCCCCAGGCUGGUGUGCCGCGCCCGGACUGGGUGAGCGAGGAGGCCUGGGAAGAGUGCCGCUUGCUGGAGAGCCUGCCGGGCUUUCAGGGGCUGCCGGCUUCCCUGGCCGAGCGCCCCGAUCAGUGGCAGGAGUACUUCCGCCUGCCCUCCACGGUGGUGGGGCUGGCCCUCUGUCCCAGCCACACCCACCUCAGCCCCUUCCAGCGGGCCAUUCUGUGGCGCAUCCUCUGCCCAGAGGCCAUGAGCAGCGUCAUCUGCGACCUCACCACCUGCCUGCUGGGCUGGACCCCCACGGAGAACGUGGUCAUCACCCAAGCCUAUGCCUACAGCCGGGCCAACAAGCCCGUCAUCUUCCUCACGCCCCCAGCCGGCUCGCUGGCCUUCACGCACCCGCUCCACUGGAUCGAGCAGAUGGCCCAGCAGCGAGGACGGGCGGGGAAGGUCGUGGUCAUCUCCUUUGGCACCUCUGAUGCUGGCAACCGCGUGUGGCGGAUGCUGCCCUUCUGCGCCAGGAAAGGCAAAUGGCUAGUGCUCAACAACUGCCACCUGCAGGAGCAGUGGGACCCCGAGGUGCUGCUGCAGCUCGACCAGGUGCUGAACGUGCCAGCAGGGGACGUGGAAGGGGCAGCUCUGGAAAUCCACCCCAAGUUCCGACUCUGGCUCAUCACGGCAGCUGAUGCCCCGGGCUCUGUGCCAGGGCCUGUCCAGCGGACCGCCGUGGUCCUCUUCUGCGAGAUGGCCCUGGAGCUCAAGGGCAUCUUGGCCCAGACCCACCAGCUGCUGCAGGGCCAGGUGCAAGGCCUCGACACAGACCAGAGGCUGCUGCUGCUGCUCCUCUACGCCAUUCUGCACUACAGGCAGGCCUACAGCCGCUGGACGCAGGCAGAGUCUUACCUGUGGAGCCACGUGGAACUCUGGGAAGGCUUCAAGGCUCAGGAGCGGCUGGGCAGGCUGCCGGACAGCCCCAAGGAGGCCCUGCAGGAACUGGCAGGAAUAAUCCCUUACGGGGGCCACAUCCUGGACCGUGGAGAUGCAGAGGCUGUGCAGAGCCUGAGCCGGCAGUGCCUGGCUUCCGACAGGCCCCAGCGGCCGAGGCCUGGCCUCCCAAGCCUCUUGGCUGCUGUCCGUGGCACUCCCAACCCACGGCUGUCUGAGGAAGAGGCGGCGGCAGCCACCCAGGCGCGCAUCCAGCAUCUCCCCAGCCCCAUGGAACCGGCCUGGGUGGGCCUCUGCAACGGCCUGCAGCGGGAACUGUUGGCCAGCCGCAGCCGGGCCAUGCUGGAGGCCCUGCAAGUGGCCCAGGGGAGGUGGCAGCCCCCCCGCCUGCCCAGCCUCCAGCAAGAAGGAGGGGCCUUGGAGGAGCUGGUGGGCCAGGCGCUGGAGCUGAUGCAGGAGCUGCAGGAGCAGCUGGAGCAGUGCGGGUGGGAGGUGGGGGCCCGCGGGCACCCCCCCAUGGGGCAGCCCCGCCCCAAGCCCCGCCCCCUGCAGCGCUUCCUGCUGGAGGAGGCCGGCAGCUUCCUGGCACUGCUGCAGCAGAUGCAGCGAGACCUGCAGUGCGGCCAGGAACACCUGCGGGGCUCCCCGUGCUCCUCCCCCCGCUGUGCCACCCUCCUGCGGGAGCUGAAGCAGGGCAGGGUGCCCCAGCGCUGGCUGCACUACACCCCCACCAGCCCCCCGCACCCGCCCCCCGCCUGGCUCCAGGCCCUGCGCUGCCGCUCCCAGCUCCUCUGCCACUACCUGCGGGCCCACAGCGGGGCUCCCUACCACCUGGCCGCCUUCCACCACCCCCAACGCCUCUUCCUGGCACUGCGGCAGGAGAUGGCCCGGGCUGAGAAGCAGGAGAUGGACCGCUACUCCCUGGAAGUGCAGGUCCUGCCCACGAUGCUCCCGCCCAGCAACGCUCCGGACAAGGGGCUGUACCUGAUGGGGCUGGAGCUCCACCACGCGCUCUGGGACACCCACAGCUGCCGCCUGCAGGAGACCCGCUCAGGCCAGCCCUGCCAGCUGCCCGCCGUGAGGGUGCAAGCCACCUUCCAGCCCUGGGAGACGCCCUCGGAGGAAGCCACCUACCAGUGCCCCGUGUUCCUGGGGACACCCGCUGCCUUUGUGCCCCUCCGCAGCCAGGAGGUGGUCAUGCACGUGGCCCUGCCUUCUCAGCUGGCCCCGGAGGUGUGUGCCCAGCGACGGGUCCAUGCCGUCAGUGUGCUGCCUUCGUGA